UGAACAAAUAUUAUUUUUUAAAACAGUCUGCAGUUUUAUUAUAAUAAUUAUAUUUGAUAAAUAAGAGCUUGUCCUGGACUUGAUUUCUUCAUAAGAUUAGGUAAGAUUUUUUGUCACCACAGAAUAUUCACUCAAUAAAGAACCUGUGAAAAAAAAAAUUUGAUUGAUUCAUAAAUAAAUUAACACUAAUGGUAUCAGUAAUGGUAUGCUAUCAGUAAGGGAAAAUACCAUUAAUCCUAGUCCAAAUGCCUAAAUUAGUAUAAAAGUAAACCAUUGUACAUAGAAAAUACAUUAUAACAUAUGUUAUAACAAUAUUGUGAGUUUAUUCUUUAUGCAUUUUGCUACCAAGUGAUUAGAUUAAAACUUACCACCACUUGUUUUUAGGGUAAAAUCUUCAAAGAUAUUCAUCCAGUAACUCUGUAACUCAGUAAAAGGGUGGAGUCCAGGCUUAAUAUUUAGGAUCAAUAAGGAAUAAGGGCUUCUUGAUCCAAUAUCUGCAUUUUUGUCUCUCUCUCCUCCUUCCCAUUAGAGUUAGAGAGCUUUUAAUAAAAACAUAAAUGUUGUUUUUUUUAUUCUGCCGACAGUAGUCUCUACUAAUACUAAUGACUAGCGAUAAUGAUAAUUAAAUUCAAACACAUUUCUACUAUGCAAUAUUAGAAAAUUUAGAAGAUUAUUCUUGGCCGUAACAUAUUUUAAAGAAAUAUAUUUAGUUAAUAACUCAGAAGUCCUUAAGAUUAAAUUUAUUUAAUUACGCAAGUUCCAAUAGACCGAAAUUUUCCGCUAUUUUUUUUAAAUAUUUAUUUCGCAUAGUGACGCUAUUUAUUUAUUAUAUACUUCAGCCAAUUAAAAUUAUAAAAAUAUCACUUUAUUGUUUUAUUAUUAAUUUUAAAGUCGGGAAAUUCUGUGAUGAUAUGAAUUUCUGUGGGAAAUGAUAAUUAAAAUAAAGCUUACUUGUUUACGAUAGCAUUAGUCGUUACUUUUAUAUGCAAAUCGGGAUAAAUUUCAUGAUUAGAGUCUCCAUUCGGAUACAUUGCUUUAGACAAACAAAUAACUCCUUGAUAAAUCUUGAAAUUAAAAUCAUUUGACAAUAUUCAUACUACUAUUUAAUUUUUUUUGUGAGACUUAUAUUUUUUGCUUUUUGGAAAUCUGCGAAGCUUUCAAGGGAUACUCCGCGCUGAAUAAGUUUCCAAAAAUUUUUUUUUUUUUAAUAGUAAUUUCAAAUUUUGUAAUAAUUUUAAUUUUUUUACAAAUACUUAAACCUAUGAAACAAAUUAUUAAAAUAUAAUAAAUAAUUUAUUUCAAUAAAAUAGAAAGUUAAAAAAUAAAUAACCCACCCACAAAAUCUAUGGUACUUAUAAGUACCAUUUCUCUAUAGUCGGACUGCAGAGAGUUAAAAAAAAAAAAUAAUAAUUUAGCAAGUCUGUUAAAACUCACCACAUUUUUCUUCUUAUUUUUAGGUUAUGGCAGAUCCGUCCAGAUUUCGCUGUUUGUCACCUUCAUUUGAUUGUCGUAGAUUUAACGAUGAAGGUGUGCCUACACAAACUUCAGUGGAACAGGUUAAAGAACUUUUUCAAAUCUACUUUAACCAGAUUUUUAAAAGAUAAUGAAGAGUCCAUGAAUGCCCCCAUUUAUAGUACUCCAUGUAUUUUACCUUACCUAAUAGUCUUGUCUUGGCUUGUGGCACUUUUUUUAGCCCUGAAACUGAAGUUCAACUAAUCUGCUAAGACAAUAUUUUGGGACCCACAGACAGGGGUGGAUUAUUUAAAUGUCAUAAUAUAUAAGAGAAAAAAAAUGCAUCUAUUCCCUCUAAGAGCCCCAUGUGCAAUUGGAGCUGUGAGUGGCCGACCAACAAACUUAGGCAGUUACUAAUUUCAGUUAGGGCAAGCUAAGCAAAUAAAUCAUUAUGAUUAUGUACCAUUUCAAACCAUUUUUUAAAUUAUGUUCCUUUGAUAUUUUCUUUUUAAUUUUAUAUUCAUUCAAAGUAUUAAGUAAGGGUUGCUUUGUUCCCUUAAAUUUUAAUGGUAGGCAUGCUCCAUCUCUCUAUAUUUUCAGUAACCUAAUGUAAUUGAGAUUUGCUGUAGUAUUUUGUAUACAUCUUCAGUAUUAUUAUUCCAUUGCUGAUUCUAACUGCCAGCUUUUUGUUUAUAAGGCAAACAUCAAAUAACCAGGCUAAAUUUCCCAAAAAAAGAACAAACACAUUUUGAACAUUAAUUUUUCUAUGAAUAAAAAAAUAGUGUUAUUAAUAUUCCAUUUCAUGGGCUUAUGGAAAGAUCAAUAAUAGAUCCCUUGCACAGAUAUAGAAAUUGAGUUUCUUGUAAACUGUUUUAUAAUUUCAGAAACAAGUUGAAGAAAGUGUUAUCAAAUGUUACAAUCACUUUAAAACCUCACUUGAUGUCUUUCCAGAGUAAGUAUUUUUACUGCCUUCAAAUAAAUAAAUUAAGAUUUUAGUUUUUUAUCAAAAAAAAUUAUUAAUGUGCCUAAUUGGAAUGUGUACAAGCAUAACAUAAAUAAAACAGUUUAAAAUCUUUAUAAUAUAUUGACUUUAAAAAAAAAAUAUUUAAUGACUAUGAUAUUUGAUUUUUAAAAAGUAUUUUUAAAAUAGUUUUUGACCAUUAUGAAAUGCACUGGCACCAUGAGCAAUUUCAGUGCCUAACUAUAAUGAAAAUCAGAUGUGCCAUUAUAUUUCUGCUACCAAAAAACUUACCAAGUGUCCAAAGGCUACUAUUAUUUUGUCUUAUUAUUUUAUUAUUACUUAAUAUAAUAUAGAAAAACUAAUUUAUGUCAGAUUUAAACAUUACCAUUUAAUUUAUAGUGUUCCUUUCCUGGAAAGAGAGACUCAUGAGCAAUUUCUAAUUAAAGGACUUCAUGGUUUAUCCUCUUCAUAUGAGGUACAUAAUAAUUAUAUAAAAUAGUCAUUAAUGAAGUGUUUAAAAUCUCCUGAAAAUAUAACUAGUGCCAUUAAAAAUGGGCAGAAAUUUAAAUAAUAUUUUACUGUCUAAAAAUUAGGAAUAAAAAAAAAUUUUAUGAAUGUGGAAAAAACAAUUUACAUCUUGGUUAUAAUUUUGAAAAUAAAAUCAUUUGUUAAAAAUGUUUAAAUUUGUAAUGAAUACAAGUAAUUGUAAUAAUUGAUAGAAAAGUGAAAAAAUAUUAAAGAAAUUCAGAUUUUUAAAAUGUAACUUUGCAGUGUUUAGACUCCAGUCGUCCAUGGCUCUGCUAUUGGAUACUACACAGUUUGGAGUUGUUGGAAGUACCAAUCACAGAGGAAAGAGCAUUACAGUUAGUAUUGAAACAUUUAUAAGAAUAUCAGCUGUAAAAAUAUUUACAUAUGAUGUAAAUGUAACAUCAACCAUUCAUUAGAUUGUUAACAACGCUUAGCUCCGGCUGCCCAACUUCUAAUAGUGAAAACGAUGAUAUUUUAAGCAUUUAUACUUGGAAAUAGGUCUCUCAAAGGAGGGAAAAUAAUACUCGACUAUGAAUACUUUUUUCCUCCAUCAAGAGACCCAUUUCCAAUAUCAACUGCCAAACACUUUUUUUUCCACUACUGGGAACACAUGGUGGCUGGAAUGAGGCACCAUUAAUAAACAUACAUAGCUUAUAAGAUGCCAGAGUUUCAUUGCUGUUAGUUUUGGUGCACACUGUAUUUACACUCAAAUUUGUAAAGUUCCAGUAUCACUGUUAGUUGACACCACGGCUUUUAUAUUUUUUUUGUAAGACACAAGGUGCCAGAAAUCUCAUUUUUUUAAAUAUACAUUUAGAUAACUUCCCCGUAUAGGUGGAGAUACACCAUUUGACCACGUUGUGUGGCCAAAAAAAAACAAAAAAAAACAAACACUGGUUGUCACUUUCAUAUUUCAUUUCUACUUUCAAAAUUUUUAACUGUCUCUCAGCUCUUGUAAUGUCGGAAGCAGUAUAAGUAUGGAAACCCAUUAAAAUGUACAUUUAAAAAUUAUAUUUGUCAAUAAAAGUAUUCAUAAUAUGGUGCUUUUUUUGUAUAAUUCUUUCCAGAAUAGCCAAAUUUCUUGGAAAAUGUCAAGAUCCAGAGGGAGGAUUUGGAGGUAUAAAUCUGUGAUUUUAACAUUCAUGUCACAUUUGCAAAUGGUUGACUUGUUAUGGUUUUGUUUGUAUUUUAGUGCUGAGGAAAGAAGGAACAUUUAAGUAAUUAAACACAUUCUCAUAAGAAUUACAUUUCAUCAUAAAAUUCAAUUAAUGCAUUUAACAAGAAAAUAGCCAGCCUUGGAUUUGUUUUGAUUGGAUUUUUUAUUACCAGGGUAUUUUCAAGGUAUCAGAGUAACAUUUUCAAUGUGAUAUAUUUAUAGGAGGGCCAAUGCAGUUUCCUCAUUUAGCCCCAACAUACGCAGCAGUAAAUGCUCUUUGCAUUCUGGCAAAUAUAACUGAAAAGGCUUUUGAUGUUCUUGACAGGUAAGAUUAAUUUUUUUAAAUUUAAUUUUAAGGAAGCUAAGUCAGAAGAUAUGCACGUUUUGAGUUUUUAAAAAUUAUAAGCUCAAGACUAGAUAGUCAUUUCAGCUUAAAAUAACAAGAGGCAAUCAAUAUUAUUAGAAAAACUGAGACACACCUAAUAAAUUAGUUUUAAUUGGUUAGAAUUUUUAAUGAAAAUAAGCCGAUGUUCAAUUUUAAAAAGUUAAUAAUUCAUUUUUUUUGUUGCACUAUUGUAUUUUUAUUUGUCAGAGAAAAACUUUACAAGUUUUUGAUGAGAAUGAAAACAAGUGAAGGUGCAUUCAAGAUGCAUCAAGAUGGAGAGGUUGAUAUCAGGUUAGUGAACAGCCAUUGCUGUUUUAAGAAAUUACUAAUUAAAAAUUACUAAUUGCUCAGUUUAUGUAAUUAUUCUCUUUAGUUGAAUUAAAAUAUUUUGAAAUCAUAAUUUUUAAUUGAUUUUCUUUGACAUUGAUUUUUAUGGUAGAGGUGUGUACUGUGCUCUAAGUGUUGCAAGGCUGACCAACAUUAUGACCAAAGAAUUAACACUAAACACUGCUGAAUUUAUCACAAGGUAGUUAUAUCUGUAUAAGAUUAUACUAAUUAAUAGAAACAGUCUUAAGGUAGUGCUGGUUGGACCUUUGGGCCACAUGCAGCCCGCUGAAAUUUUAAAUGCGACCUUCAAGACCUUCCGGGAACUCCAUUAAUGUUUUCGUUAAGUGUACAAAUUGUCAAUGAUUACCUGUAAAAGCCUUGGAAACAAUCAUGCUGGCUUAUUUUUUAACUGAACUCAAAGUGAAUUUUUAAAGCCAACAGGUCUACACUAUUUAAAGACAUAUUUUAUAAAAUUUUCAUUAACAAAAUCGUGCAGCCCGCAAAAAAAUAAUAAUUUCCUUUCAGGGCUUUGCACAAAAAGGUUAUCUAUCCCUGGUCUAAGGCAUUUCAUAGAACUGUGAUGUCAACUCAAAAUUUCAAAACAGUGUUCUUUACAUUCUAAUAUUCAUUGUGUAUCUUCAUAACACUUGUAUACAAUGCUUUGUUUUCUAAAUUUAAGAAUAUGUAAUAAUUUAAGUAAGUUAUUUUUCUUUCCAAAUCCUAGGUGUCAAACAUAUGAAGGUGGCUUUGCAGGGUAUCCAGGUCUAGAAGCACAUGGAGGUUAUACAUUUUGUGGAAUAGCUGCCCUUGUUCUUCUUGGUCACACAGAACGUUGUGAUCUUAGGUCCCUUUUGGUAAGGGAAAACAUGUUUCUGUUGGAACACAGAUUUUUAGACAUUGCCAAAAUCAUUUGUGACUUAAAGUAAUGUUUAUAUUGGUUAGCCGAAAUGGCUCUCUGUUCCAAUAAUGCUGUCUUGACAGCUUCACUCAAUCAUUUCCUGAAUAUAUGAUUACUCUAUAAUUUUUGUUUUACACUGGUGAAUGUUUAUUGAUAACAAAUAACAAACAAUUUAAAAUUAAAUUAUGACUCAAUUUUAAAGUUAAACAAAUGUAACUUUCCAUCAACAUUAAAUUAUAGUGAAAUAACAAAACAAUAUUCUAUAUAAUUGUCCUCGCUUGAUUGUAAAGACAAAACAUUGUGUACCACUUCCUAGAACCAUCAGAUUGAUAAUAACUUAAAUGUGGCAACUGUUUGAGACUUAGCUAACACUUUAAAAAGAUCAUUUAUGAUUAAACAUUUGCUAUAUUUUUUUUUUAUUUGCCUUUAUAUUCUCAAGAAUCAAAAUGUAUCUUUGAGAAAGCUUUAAAUUACUUUUUUUCUUAAAAUAUCUAAGUGUGGGCCAGCAUUUCUGCAGUCAAAUUAAUUGCUGAAAGAAUUUUCUAUUGAAUGAUUUUUUUUUAAAUUUUGACAGCGAUGGACAGCUAAUCGCCAGACUCAAUUAGAAGGAGGUUUCCAGGGCAGGACUAAUAAAUUGGUAGAUGGGUGCUACUCAUUUUGGCAAGGAGCCACAUUUCCUAUCAUUCAUAUGAUUAUGUGCACUGAUGGUAAGGUUGGCAUUAGUAUUAGGAACACACCACCCCCAUCUUUUCUUUUUUUAAACUUGGAACUGAAGAAAAAAAUAUUACCAUUCCAAAACUUUAAACAAUAUAUGCAAUCAGUUUUUUUUAAAAUCUGUUGUAGAUGAUGACCAAAGUCUUAGUGCCGAGAGAUGGAUGUUUAACCAAGAGGCCCUUCAAGAGUACAUUUUAAUCUGUUGUCAACAUGUACAUGGAGGUCUUAUUGACAAACCUGGAAAGUAAGCACUUCAAAUUGAGUAAUUUCCAUUGAAUUAACCGUUUAAUAUAAAGGAAUAACAAAUGCAUAUUUAUUGCUAAGACUGGCAAUUACAUUCUUUAAUCUUAACUUUAUAUUUAAAGACUUCUUUUAAGACAUUAUCUGAACUAUUUAUUUAUAUUCGUUUAACAUUAGGUUAAAUUAUGAUGAAAAGUGCUGCUUCUAUAUUUUCCAGAGCAAGGGACCAUUACCAUACAUGUUAUUGUCUUAGUGGAUUAUCUGUGGCUCAGCAUUUUGUUGGUGGAUCUUUAUCCAAUGAUAUCAUUUUAGGGAAUCCACAAAACAACCUGGUAAUUAACUUUAUCAUUUACUUGAAUUAUGUAAUGUUGUAAAUAAUGGCCCCACACCUUUGCAGACCUGUUUACUCUUACGAUUUUGGCGUACAGUGUACAAGUUUGAGGUGUAUACAUUGUAUAUACUUUAUGAUUAUUUUUUACUAUAAAUAUAAGGUAUUGAACGAUUUUGUGAUGAUAUUGUAUGAUUUUAAGAGUUUGAGGGUAAACAGGUCUGCCUUCGGCAUCACUAAAGACUAAGCUACAGAGUCAUACAAAACUUAAUUAAGAAUUGCAUUUGUGUUGAUCUGUUUGAUAUAUUUCUUUAAAUAGAGAUCAUAAAAGGGUUGACAAUUUUUAAAAAUGAAAAGAUUCUAUAUAAUAUACAUAAUACUACCCGGUUCGAAAAGAUUCUAUAAAGCUGUAAUGUAAAAAGUGCAAUGAAAAGAUUCUAUAAAGCUGUAAUGUAAAAAGUGUAAUGAAAAGAUUCUAUACAGCUGUAAUGUAACAAAUGCAAUGAAAAGAUUUUAUAUUAUGUAAAAAAUACUAUGAAAAGAUUCUAUGAAGUGUUAAUGUAGAUAGUGCUAUGAAAAGAUAUCAUUUAAUGUGAACAUUGCAUGAAAAGAAAAGAUUCUAUAUAAUGUGAAAAGUGCAAUGAAAAGAUUCCAUUUAAUGUAAAUAGUGCAAUGAAAAGAUUCUAUAUAAUCUAGUGAGUUUUAUGCUAUUCUUUGAUUCCAUCUCACCUAAUAAAUUAUUUCCUUAUUUUUUUAUUUUUUUGUUUUAAUUUUGUUAGCUGAAGGUUAUUUGCUGUUAUUUUGUGGUAUGUUUUUUUUUUGUUUAAAGUUUCCCUUACUCUGUGCACCAUAUUUCCUAAAUUACUAGAGACCAGUUCAGCCAGUGUAUAACAUCAGUUUGGAUUCAGUGAUGAUGGCUCAAAAGCACUUUGGCAGCAUGAAACUUCCAUGUGAGAACGAGUCCCUUACAUCCUAGUGAACAAGUACUUCUAGUUGUCUGGAAAUUCUGACAUUUUUUAUUUUUUUUUUAAAUACAGUUUCAUCAUUGCUAGAAUAUGUUGAAUUAAAAUGUUGCGAGAGUUUCAUUACAAAUAUAUCAUUACUUUAAAGUUCUGCAAUGUACCACUUCAAAGGACUGCAUAUUUCAACUAUUAAAAUUUUAAUACAUUUUAAUCCUCAAUGUUCCACAUUCAAUGUCUACAAAAUGUGUUGUUUUAACUUAAGGGAACUAAAUGGUGGAUGGGUGUAGAGUCUUUUUUCUGUAACUUACAAUGUAAGUUUCAGAUUCUGAUUAAAGUUAAAAGUUGAUAUGCUUUGAGAAACACUAUUUCUACCAGUAUUAUUAACUUAUGUUAUUGUAAUUAGGAUUGGGAUUAAUGGAUUUUUUUUUCCUUUGUUAGUAAUUUUAUUUGGAAGUUUCACUUUAUUUGACUUAAUUAAUAUAAAUUUCACUGCUACUCUGUACAAUUAUUUUAAUUUCUUGAGGAAGGUUAGUUAAUUUAAUCACAACAAUUUUAUUUAAUACUUUGUAAACGUCUCUUGGAAACCAAGGUAAAAAUAAUUCAAUUUUUAAGUAAAAAUCUUGGAAGUUAAUUUUUCUAAAAUGAUGCUUUUUUUUUUAAAUAUCUUCCUAAACAGAAGAAAAAUGCCAGUCCAAUUAAAAAUACUAAAAUAAAAAUUGAUGAAAAAACAAUGUAAAUUUUGUCAUUUUUGUGUGCCUCAGUGAUCCUACAAGCAAACAUUUGGUCCUGGUGUUAACAAUAAGUUGCCCACCAUUUUGUGUUAUAAAUACUACUUAAAUUGAAAAUAAGUUUUCCCAAAAUACAAUAAUUAUUUCUAAAAUGAUUUCAAUUAUCAAGACUGAAUUAUGUGAAGAAAAAAAGGAAACUAACUGUAAAAAUCAUUCAGAACAAGUUGUUUUUCCCCCGAAAUGUGCAUUUCUUUUACAAAAGAAGUUGGUUUGCAUUUAAUGUCAGAUAUGUAAAUGAAAUGUGGAAAAAAUUAAUAUCUUUCUUGUUUAACAAAAUUAAAUGCAUUUGAAUUUCUGUAGGUAACAAAAUUUAAUCUGGGAAAGGAAAAAAUAAUUAAAAUGUUUUUUUUGUAAUGUGAUCAAAUCACACAAGGAGGAAAAAAAAAGCUGGUUUCCCUGGUCAGAUUCAGGAACAUCAGUGUUGUUUAAACUUGGCUAGGUUAUACUCCAUUCCACAAGUUGAGAAAUGCCGCAAAUUUUUUUUUUUUUUUUUUU